UUAAUGAAAUCUGAUUUGAAUGCUCUAACUCAUAUUGACCUACAAUUAAAAAAUUGUACUCUUAGUAACGAAUAAGUUGCUUAACUUAACAAUUGUUUAGUAUAAUGCUAAAAAUUAGAAUCUUUAGUAUUAAAUCUUAAUAAGGAAAAUAUUUCAGAUGAUUAGAUAAAUUAAUUAUUUGCUGACUAUCCUUACACAAAGAAUUUUGUAGAAACUGGUAAUUAUGUGAG